AUGGUUCACACAAUUCUUCUUACUGGUGGUGCUGGGUUUAUUGGCAGUCAUACUGCCAUUCAAUUGGCGAACACGGGUCGUUACAAGGUGGUGAUAGUGGACAACUUUGCGAAUUCGUGCAUGGCUGCGGUGGAUGCGGUGAGAAAGUUGUGUCCGGAAAGUUCUGUAGAAUUUCAUAACAUAGACAUUUCGACUGAUGUGGAGAAGUUGAAGGCUUUAAAGUUUGAGGGUGUGGUUCACUUUGCUGCAUUGAAGGCGGUAGGUGAAAGUGUAGCUCAGCCGUUGAUGUAUUACCGGAACAACAUUAAUUGUAUGAUCAAUGUGAUUGAGGCUGCGAAGCAUGUGGGCGCCAAGUACUUUGUAUUCUCAUCGUCUGCAACAGUAUACCAGCCGGCGGAGGGUUUGUUGACCGAGCAGCAUCCCCUUGGUCCCUCGAACCCGUACGGUCAGACCAAGUUUAUGGGUGAGCAGAUCCUGAAGGAUUUGUGGGUCUCUGACCACGAUUGGAAGAUCAUUUCAUUGAGAUACUUUAACCCGAUCGGAGCUCAUGAAUCGGGCACUAUCGGCGAAGAUGCAUCCAAAGCAUCAAAUCUCAUGCCUUGUAUACAUCGUGCUCUCUUCAUGAACCAACGACUCCAAGUCUUCGGAGAUGACUGGCCCACUGUUGAUGGCACUGGAGUACGCGACUAUGUCCACGUAGUAGAUCUUGCCGACGGACAUGUGGCCGCGUUAGACGGACUAUUCGGCUACAAGGAAGGCCGAUACAACGUCUAUAACCUAGGCACCGGCCGCGGAGCCAGCGUUAAAGAACUCAUGAACGCAUUUGAGAAAGCUUCAGGCCAGAAAAUCGACCACUUCAUCGGACCACGCAGACCAGGUGACCUCGCCACUGUUAUCGCCGACCCAUCAAAGGCCGAAAAGGAACUCGGCUUCAAGACCAAGCGAACAAUCGAACAAGCAUGCGCAGACUCCUGGAAAUGGAUGUCGGCCUACCCCCAUGGCUUCGAUGUCAAAAAGUAA